AUGAAGUCCGUCGUUAUCGCUCUUUGCACCUUUGUGGCGGCUACUGCCGCCCAGGGCUCGCCCAAUCUUGCCGCCUGCGGUCAAACCUGCGCCACUAACAUGCUGGACGCCGACAAGGCUGAGGAGCUGGGCUGCAAGCAGAAUGACUUGAAGUGUCUGUGUGCCAACAAGAACUUCCUUUACGGCCUCCGAGAUUGCUCCGCCGCUAUUUGCUCGGCUGAGGAUGCCAAAAAGGUUGUUGAGUACGGCAUCAGCAUAUGUGCUUCGGCCGGUGUUGCAAUCCAAACAAAGUCUGAAGGCGGAAAUGGUGGUGCUACUAACACUGGAAGCGCAUCUGGCAUCGUUAUUACCGGUGAAUCGACAAUUGCCACCGCUUCUUCUUCUGGUCCGGCAUCUGGCAAAGUGUCCACAAUCCUCAGCACCCUGACUUCUGAUGGUAAGACCAUUACUACUGGUAUCGCCACUACUAUUGCCAGCAACCCGAGUGGAGGAAGCGCCAGCAGCGAUACCGAUGCUUCCGGUCAAGUUUCUACCGUCGCUACUAUUGUUACCGAAUCUGACGGCAGUAUCGAGACAAAAACCAGCCAGAUUACUUUGUCUGGCUCUGCCACUGCCACAGGUACUGCCGCGCACCAGACCGACAGUGUCAUCUUGAGUACCGUGACGUCGGAUGGUUCUGCUAUCAUCGAGACCCUGACCACGCUUCACAAGACAACCAGCGAGUCUGACACCGCUUCAGCCACUGAAACCGUCACAAAGCCUGAGUCCAGCUCUGGCUCUGAUAGCGACGCCACUGCGACUGAUACUGGCAGCUCAAGCGCUUCCACCACGUCCACCAGCACAGCCGCCGGUGUUCCUCAGAAGACCGCUGGCCCCGUCGGUAUCAUUGCUGCUGCUGGCCUUGCCAUGCUCAUGCUCUAA